AUGCCUGGGACCUCAGUCGAUUCGGGGGCGCCUACCAGCCAAGAGAGUGCCCACCAUGCUGGCCCUGCUACUUCGAAGAAGACCAAGCAGCAACAAAAAGGCCUUAAAGCUGUCGAUGCGAAUGCCUCUAAGCUCCUGAAACACAGAAUCGCACAACUAGAACAGGAUGCUGCCGGGGAAAAAGAUCAAGAAGCUGAGAUUGAACGCGAAGUCAAGCGUGCGAACCGAGAGAUGAUGCAGCAGGUGUCCAAGAUGAACGACAUGCAAAAGAUCGAGCACUUGACCCGUAGGUCAAGUGAGCUGCUCGCCGAAAUGCGACGGAUGGAGCGAGAGAACCAAAAGAAUAAGAAGCGAGGCGAUGCUCUUCAAAAAGAGAAAGACGCAAACCGUACCGAGCUCAGCAAGACUGUCGGUCUGAAGGAUAAGUUGGAGAAACUUUGCCGGGAGCUCCAGAAGGACAACAACAAAUAUAAGAACGACAAUAAGACGCUCCAAGACAAUCUCAAGCACAAUACAGCAGCCUACGACGAAAAGUAUGCGGCACUCCUGGGUAAGCUAGAAGGCAUCCAGGAAGAAAAAGACCAUCCACGGAAGCAGGUAGUCGACAUUAACAUUGAGACCUUGUUCCGGAACCGGUUCAAGUCGUUUAUCGAACAAUACGAGCUGCGCGAGUUGCACUUCCAUUCACAGAUGCGGACUAAAGAGCUGGAGGUGCAGUAUCACAUGGCGCGGUACGAACGGGAGAGGAAGAAUGCCGAAGCGGAGGCAGCUAAGGCACGACAACUCCAGGAGCAGGUGCGCACCUUCACGAAGACGGAGACGGAACUCAGGAAUCAACUCAAUAUAUACGUUGAGAAAUUCAAACAGGUUGAGGAUACCCUGAACAACAGUAACGAUUUGUUUCUCACGUUUCGGAAGGAAAUGGAGGAGAUGUCCAAGAAGACGAAGAGGCUUGAGAAGGAGAACGAAACGAUGAAGCGGAAACAUGAGGCCACCAACGCCAGCAUUAUCAGCAUGGCUGAGGAGCGCGAGGCAAUGCGGACCACAACGGCCGAAGCUACGAAGAAGGCCGAGAAGCUGAUCAGUAUCAUCGAGCAGAUGCAGCAACAGGGUCGCAAAGUGCCGCCUAAUAUGGUGGCCACGCUAGAGAGCUGCUAUGCGGACAGCAACGGUCACCAUGGGGAGAGGGAGGGUAGUGAAUACUCGGACGAGGAUAACGACGAAGAUCAUAGCGAAGAAUUUGACGACGACACAGAGGAGGAAACACAGCCGCACCCACAGUCGCAUGCCACGGAGAACUCACCAGCUCCACGACCGUAUGGCCCAGAACGACCCCCAGUUCCGGUCGCGGUCCCCCAACCCGCGACUAACGGUCACUGA